UGUUCUCUAUUUUUCUGACCUGUCGUAGCAGGCGGGGCCCACUAAUUUAGCUUUAUCCUGGAUUAUGUUAUUACCUUUUCUUCUCGUUCAGUAUUCGGUCGCCAUGCAGGAAAGGAAUGUUGACUAGAAAAAUCCAUGAAGGCCAAGUGUGGAGACUAUCAGUCUUGUUUCUCUGGAUUAACUUGUUUGCUGUCACAUGCUGCUUUGCUAUUUAACAAGAAGCAUGGAGGAGGUCACAUAAGCAUUUCUAAAUUUUAAGGGUUAAACAACAAAAAAGCCUUACCAGCAUGGAAACAGAAAUCAUCACGAUCCACUGCAAACUCUGCCUGACCGACUGCCCUGAACUGGACACCAGCACACUUAAUUCUUGUAACUGCGUUUUUUGUGUGCAGUGUUUAAAGCAAUAUGUCCAGCUGGCUAUACUGGGUGGUGCCGGAAGUGCCAUCACCUGCCCAGACCCGGCCUGCAAGAACACUGGAACUCUGCUGGAUUUAGAGAUUGCCUCCUUUGCCUCCAGUGAUCAAGUCGAGCUUUAUCAGCGGCUUCAAUUUGAAAGAGGAGUUCAGUUGGACCCCAGUAAGGUCUGGUGUCCCAUGCUGGACUGUCAGGCUGUGUGCAGUGUAAAACCUGACACUGAAGGCAAACCCGCUCCUGUGCCCUGCCCUGCAUGCCAUGUUGUUUUCUGCUGCGGCUGCAGAGGCCUCUGGGAGGACAGGCACUCCUGCUCUCAGCACCAUCCACUGAUGACCCCAUCAGCUGACAGCAGUGACACUGAUGCGAUGAUUAAACAGUGUCCCAUGUGUGACAUCUACAUAGAACGCAAUCAGGGCUGCGCUCAGAUGUUGUGCAAGAGCUGCAAACACACGUUUUGCUGGUACUGCCUUCAGAGUCUGGACGCUGAUAUAUUCCUAAGACACUACGAUAAAGGGCCAUGCCGAAAUAAGCUGGGACACUCCAGAGCUUCUGUCAUGUGGAACAGGACACAGAUUGUUGGCAUUCUGGUGGGCGUCAGCAUCAUUGUUCUAGUGACAUCACCACUGCUGCUGCUGGCUUCUCCCUGCAUCCUGUGCUGUGUGUGCAAACCCUCUCAAGCUAAGAACAACAAGAAAAAGAAAAAGAAGACCGACAAGAAGCCAUCAGAUUCCACCACAUAGGACAGUUCUUUGUAAUCAACAUCUAUAGCGUCCUCCAUGUGCCCAACACUAGUCUCACUAACCAGGUGCAUAAGUGCCUCAUUCUCAGUGCCUGGGAUUCGGUGGGUUUAUUUUACCUUCAGGUGCAUUGUGGGAAAAAAUACAUGUUGCUCAUUGAAUGGAAUUACCUUGUUUCUUCUUAUGUACUAUAAAGUGUAAAUACUGUAUUUAUGAGUCUGUAUGCUGUCCUGUGUUCUUUUUACUUUUUCUGCUCCAGAUAUUUUAUAAUACUUCAUUAAAAUAAAGACAGUAACUGAA